AUGAACAUAUUUGACAUACUUAACUCUUAAUUUGUUAGUCAAACUCAAUAUGACACAAUUAUUGCGUAGUAGAAGGCAUACUAGCAAUAUUAUUCUUAGUUAUAAAGUGACCCUAAUAAGAUAGCAGAAAUCUGGCCUAUUGUGAGAUAGGCAGGAAUAUUAGAUAUCUGCUAUGAGAAUUAUAAGUAUUUUGCAAAAGAGAACAAGUUAAGUUCAUUAGAACCCAUUUAGAAGUUGAUGAGUAGUGCACUUGAAGAAGAAGGUAAAAUUGAUUAUUUGGCUGAUUUCGUCAAAUUUAUGGGAAUAAAAUAGGAUUACAGUCUAUUUGAUUAGGUGAGGACUGUGGUUGAAAAAUAUGAACUUGAAUACGACAUAUAAGAUCGACUUAAAUCAUUAAAUAAUUUGAAUUUCAAAGAGCAAUACUAAACAAUUACAAUAGAGUUAUUGAAAUUGUAUGCAGAAAAAGUGUAUUCAGAGGAGGGUUUCUUAAAUGAGCUAUUGGAAUUCGGAGCUGCUCUGGAAUCAAUUGAACCUUUGGCCAAAAAUAUUAUAUAAUAAGUUCAUGCAGACAGAACCAUCAAGAACAUGUUUGAAGCUGUGCUCUACUACCCUGAUACAAGUGAUCAUCUACACGAAUUUAAAUCUAGCAUGGAAGUAACUAAAAUGUAUGCCAAUAUGGAUUCAUGUUUGUAACAACAGAUGAAAAAGAGAUUAUUGAUUUCAGGAGUGAAUACUGAUACUAUUCUAAAAUUCUAUGUGAAUUUAUUGAAGGUGUUAUAGUUUGUAGAUUCGGACUACAUGGUAUUUGAUAAAGUCACUAAGCCAAUCAAAGAAUAUUUAUUAUAGAGAUCUGAUUUCUUAAGAUGCAUUAUCGGUAUCUUGACUUAAUAAAACUAUUCAACUGAUAAAGUUAUGAUAUUUGAAUAAUAAGAUUCAUCUGAUGAAGAAUCCUCUCAAGAAAAGGAUUUAACAAGUGUUUUAGUUAGUUUAUAUGGAUCUUAAGAAGCAUUUAUAAGUGAAUAUUAAAACAUGGUUGCUGAAAAGAUAUUGACUCCAAAAGAUUUCUCUUUAGAGUAAGAGAUUGCCAAUAUUGAACUCAUGAAGAUUCGUUUUGGUGAAUAAUCGAUGAAUACCUGCAGUAUUAUGAUGAAAGACAUUUAUGAAAGCAAACGUAUUGAUACUAAUAUUUAAUCAUUGACAACCCAAUUCAAUAUGUUGAAACCACUGUUUUUAAGCAAAACCUUCUGGCCAAUCAGUUAUGAAUUUAAACCUACAUUUAAGUUACCUCCAGCCAUUGAACAAUUAUUUAAUGAUUAUCAAAAAAGAUUCGAGAAAAUCAAGACUAUGCGUUCUUUAUUAUGGCAUCAUGACUUAGGCAGUGUCACUUUGGAUUUGACUUUCGAUAAUGGAGAUUUUGAAUUCAAAUGUUUGCCAAUUCAUGCUUGUAUAAUUGGAUAUUUCAAUGAUGAUGAUUCUAAGGGAUUGUACAGUGAUGCCCUGGCUUAAUAAUUACAAAUGAACCAUGAAGAUUUGAAGAGGAGAAUGCAAUUUUGGGUUUAGAAAGGAGUCAUUAGAGAAUAAAAAGGUGAAAAUGAUGUAAUUUGCUAUACAUCUGUCAAAAUAUAUGUUCCUUAAUCUUGUGAUGAUUUAUUGAUUGAAGAAAUACCUGAAGACUUGUUUGUCUCAUCUACUAAUUUCUUAUAGUCCAACCAACUUAUUCAAUAAAUUUCUCAUAAUUUGAUUGAAUUGUUAAAAUAAACAGGCACUCUGAAAAUUGAGAAGAUUGUUCAGUUGUUCAAAACAACUUUCAAAAGUGAAUUUUCAACUCCUAUCACCGAAAACAAUAUAAAGGAAGCUAUUAAAAUAUUGAUUCAAAAGGGAAAAUUAUAAGGGUCAGAAUACAUAGAAUUAAAAUAAUGA